CAGGGGGUCGCUGACGCCGUUCUAGGGAUCGAACGCGGGGCGGCUCCCACACGUGUGUUUCGGUUCCCAAGUCUCCUCCCGUCCAUGCGCGCGGUAAAAGGAUGGCCGACGACGGAAGACCGGAAGAAAACCUGGACACGACCACGCUGAACACUUGCGGCACCGACAUCAUGUGCACGUCUCUGCAAUGGCAUGUGUCUCGAGGGACAGCGGUUGUCAGACCAGACCUCAACAUCGCGAUGUCAAAACUGCUUGUUCACUCGCAUGUCGAGGUCGACACCGACAUGCAUUGACGUCACGGAACCCUUUGGGCCUUGGACUACCUACACUAUGUACUUGGCCCUUGCGAGAUCCCUAACUCAUCCGGGGAAGCCGCCCCUUUUGACAGGUGUGGAAACGUUCCUGCUCCGGGUUUCCAGAAAACAACAUUGGAAUUGCCAAUUGAUGGACGGAUUGAUAACAGAUGAACCCGCCUGCACAAUCUGUUCCCUAGCACGUCCUCGACACUCAACGCUCAUCAUCAAUGUUCGUGGAACCUUCGGGGUUGCAUGGAGAGUCGGAUGGAGCACGCAACCGACUCCAGUGUAGGGCUUCAUCCAAUCUCAGGUUGGAUGUGGAUCAACGGUUCUCGCUUUAAACUGAAGGAAGGUUUUCCGAGUCUUCAGUCACAACAGUUCGAGGCGGGUCAUUCGAACCAAUCGAGGCGUGAUUGGGU